AUGAGUCAUUUUCCAAAUCAAUCUUACUACGGCCAGUAUUACUUUAAUCCGCAAUGGAUCCCGGCUGCAGGCGGAAGUCAGCCAUCAGUUGUCUAUAACAAUGUUGUUAAUUUUACUGUGGGUCCUGAUGGCACACACUAUUUUCAUCAGACAUACAGCGGCCAGUUCGUUGCACCACAAGGCCCAACAGUUGAUAUGAAAAUGGUAAGAUAAAAGAUUCCACCACAACAAUCAACUCGCGCUAUGAGGCUAUAUUCACCUUUUCGUGCCCGCACGAAAAACCCUCCGCUUUAGAGAUCCGCGAGGCGCAGCUAAACUCCGUUACAGAAAUUGCGUCGAAAUCACCGUUCUUUUCUGUGAUCAGAAGCGCUAUCCUUUUCGUGCGGCGCAAAACUUAUCACGUAUCAGUAGUGAGAACAUAAACUGAGUGACACUAAACGGACAACAAUCAGGGGCACCCAACGACUGUUUUCUAUAAAAUAUCUGCUCGGAGAAGCAAAAAUUGCCUGGAAUUUUCUAUGGGAGGAAGGCUAAAAAUUUCUAGAUGACCGUUCCAUUCAAGUACUAUUUUCGGUGCUUAUCUAAUUAAUUCCCUUGGAUUUUCUAAAGUUUAAUUUUUCUCAUUUCACUCCCCAGGUUAAGCUAUUUUUGUAGUCAGACAAAGGGAGGAAAGAGAGAUCAGAAAAAUUCUUACUUUCGUAAAACUUUAAAUUGCAUCUAAAAUUUUUGGCGGUAAAAUAAUACUGAAGCCCGUGUAAUUUCGAGAAGACUCAAGUUGUCCUAGGAUGACCGAACAGAUACCAAUCUUAUAGCACCGCUUAAAAUGCAUUUCUAGAAAUCAAAAAGUACUCUGGAUAGCUUUAAAAGUGUUUUCAAUGCAUUUGGGGGGAAACCGUCGUUGGGUGCCCCUGAACAAGUCUUGCACUUGCAAAAUCUGUGACAGUAUACAAACAGCGAGAUUUGAAAUUGUUUGUCACAAUUGAAAACCAGGGUUUUGAAGUGUUUUCGAAACUAAUUUCGAUUUCUCUCCUCAUAAGCAGUACCCCUACAGAGAACAUGUUCACGAAGCGAUCAGGUUGACUGUGCUUCCAUAUGAAAUCCAUAAUAACGAUACCUGAUUGGUUAAAAUCCAAAUUAGAGAGAGGUGCCCGGCCUCGAAAAUAACUUUUCUCAGCCCUGCGCCUAAAAGGAGGGUCCGAGUCAAACCUUCCAUCCCCCCACCCCGGAUCGUCUUUAUACGCUAUUGAUUGAUUUAGACAAAGUUCAGUCUAUACAGGAUAGCAUUUCGUGCCGACGUAUCGGCACGAAAACCUAUCCGGUAUAGUCUGAACAAGCGAACAGCAACGGCCCGGGACUGGAGCAAGCGUUCACACACAUCGAACAUCGUGAAGAAGCGGUUGAUUCACGAAAUUCCAGUCCUUACUCCUAAAUAUCUACUUCAGACACAGUGGUUUCUAUUUCUCGCUCCGACUUAUUCACUUCCGUUACGGAUCGAAUACCUAUUCUCAAUACACAAAGUAAGUCUUGUAGAUCGGCGCGGCGCAGCCUCAGCUUCGCUCCGUCACAGAAAUCGCGUCGAAAUCACGGUUCUUGUGUGUAAACAAAAGCCCCAUCCGGUAUGAUUUUCCUGCCGGCGCAAAAGCUAUCCGGUAUAGGGUGAACAUAGCAUUAAUGAUUAUUUGUUUCUGGAUGCUUUAACUGACAACAUUUUCUUCUAUACAACUGGUGAACAAAGACCAUUGCACCACCGUCUUAUGACGAAGCAGUUAAACACGAAACAGAAAAAGCCUCUGGAUCCGCUGGUACCUCAGAACUUGGAGAAAAACGACAGAAGGGAAAAACUGAGAAUGAGGUAAGAGCAGCAAAUGAUAAAGUGCAAGACUGGGGGGACAAAUAUUCAUCUGAUGAAGAUAUGUGGGCCACUGAAGACGAAGAUUAUGAAGGCAACGAGUCGGACAGCUCUUCACAAGAGGAGUAUUACAGAAGCCGCCCGGUAAGUGACAGCUAUACAUUACAAUAUCCUAAAUAAACCAUAUUAAAGGUUUUCCAGAGCAUUAAACUGGGCAGAUCCGACGACGCAACGGCAACGAGAACGUCAGAAAAAAAACAAACAAACAAACAAACAAACAGGCAAAACAACCACUUUGCACGGCACGUGCAGUGCACCUUUUUGUACAUUUCUUUGCCGUUUUUGCACUACUUUGACAGGCAGCUUAAGCAACAACGACGGCGACGGCAACGAGAACGGCAAAAAAGCAAUUGGUUUAGAUAAGCGAAACAACAACUUUGCACGUGCAUCACGCUUUUUUGUACAUUUCUUUGCCGUCACUGCAUGACCAUAUGACGUGAAAUGCCUAAGAAGGACGUAAACGAGCGACGACGAAUUUUUCUUUCUCUUUUUAAACUUGAGUUCGGUUCCCAAGAAAUCAACUCCAGGGAAAUACACCUACAUUUGACAUUUUCGGUGAAUUUGAAUAAACGCGACAAAGUUUGAAAAAACGCGAAUUCAUUUGAAAGAGACGUUUUCGCUGCCGUCGCCGUCGUCGAUGCUUAAGCUCUCUAUUUCAAACACGAAAACGGAUAUUCACACAAAAUAUGCGUUUGUCAGUGCGUGAACAGAGACCGGUUGCGAGGGUAGACUGCGAGCAGUCUCUCCUUUUCUUCAGAUUUAGUGAGAGCAAUGCACGCGCGCGGUAGCGGCGAAGCCGCGAGACGCGCGAAAUGUCUCGCGUUUUGCUCGACGGAGUACAGAAAAAAGAGAGACUGCUCGUAGUCUAAACGAGGGAGCACACUACAGAUGUUGCUGACCACAAACAGAUGACGCAAAAAUGGUUUUGAGCAAGUUCAACACUAGAACAUCCAUAGUGUACUGAGCCACAUCAAAUGAAAAAUACAGUGGAAAAGCAUCAUGCUUCCGGCAAACGGCUACUUACCAUAAGUCGUUUGUCUUCGGUUAAACUGAUCGCCUAAUGGACCAGAAACAUUUCGCUCCAUACCAUCGAGACCAUCUGGCCGGUAUGACGGAGGUGAAAGCUUUCUGUAAUCUGAGAUCGCUUAACGCACUUUUAUCAAAUCUCUGUAAAACAAUAUAACCUCUUUGCGAUGGAAAACGCGAAACGCAAAAAAAGGCGCGAAAAAAAACGAUAACAUGUCUUGCUUGAUUCGAAAUUCUUCACUUUAGAGAGUUUACACGAGGACAAGACGUCGCCGAGUUCACUACAGAAGAGGGAAUUCUCCAAGACCUCAGCGGAGAGAAGCGGAUGCACGUUCAACGAUCGUGUCUAUGGUACCAAGGGACUUUCAGGGUUUUUUCUUAAACAACUGAAUUGCAAUUCAUUGAGACCGAUAUUCGCGGCGAACUUUCAGCUUUCUGUUGAUGAAGUUGGCAGGACAAAGGAGUAG